AGAUCACUGACUCUAGGGCUUCAAGGUUUCAAUCUUUUUUUUCUUUGUUACUGUGCUAUUUGUUGGUAAAGGCAGUGUGGAUAACCCACCAAAACGCUAGCAUUCUCAAGGUACUGACUAUCACUUGGAAAUUUUUAAAUAUUUUUUUGAAGAUUUUGGUGGAAUGUGUUAAUGAAGAUCUUGGGUUGUUGUAGUGUGAAUUGUUGGUUUCUUGGGUUUUGAAUCAUUAGAAAUUUAGAGAUUUGAAAAUUUUAUUGGGAAGAGCUGUCAGUUUCAGCGCGGUGUUGUGUUGUAAGCUCUGAGGAUUUUGUGGAUAGGGUGUGUGAAAUUUGCAAUUUUCAUGAGUUUUUAGAUAAUGGGUUUAAUGGGCAUGUUUUGUUUUGUGAAGUUAUGGUGAGUAAAUGGGAUUGGACUGGAGUGAAUUGAAUCUCAAAUACAGAUAGUUUUUUUCAUUCCUUGGUUUUAGCCCUUUUGGGAUUGUGUUCGUCCAGUUUGAGCAUAAUGGGCACGGAGGAGGAUAAUCUUGUGUGAAGUAGUGCUCUUUUAAGGGUAAUUAUUGAUUCUAGAGAGGAGGAUUGCUGGUGUGGGUUUUGGUUCAUAAUGGGUUGUGUUUGUUGCAAGCCUUCUUCUAUUGAAGAUAGUAAGGAGAGCCCAAGAGAGAGGUUGUCGAGCAAGGCCUCAUCAGAUGCCAGGGGAUCAAGGGGAACCUGUUCGAAGAGGGAGGAAGCAUACCGGGCUAAGAAUCAACGUGAUAGCAAUGAGGUGAGGGCAAUGUUAAUUGAUAAGCAAGUGAAUGGAUUAGUUCAGUUGCAUGGUGAAAAUUUGGAUAGGAAGAGAGAGAGGACAGAGUAUGUUGCUUCACAUCCUGGGAUGGGUAGUAUCCCAAAAGCUACAGAAGGAGAGCAAAUAGCAGCAGGUUGGCCUGCUUGGCUAGCUGCAGUGGCAGGAGAUGCAAUUAGGGGGUGGGUGCCAAGGCGUGCAGACUCAUUUGAGAAGAUGGAUAAAAUUGGCCAGGGAACUUAUAGUAAUGUUUAUAGGGCUCGUGAUCUUGAUCAAAAGAAAGUAGUAGCUCUGAAGAAAGUAAGGUUUGACAACCUAGAGCCUGAGAGUGUUCGCUUUAUGGCUAGGGAAAUUCACAUUUUACGAAGGCUUGAUCAUCCUAAUGUAAUAAAGCUUGAAGGACUAGUCACAUCGAGGAUGUCUUGCAGCUUGUAUCUUGUUUUUGAGUAUAUGGAACAUGAUUUGGCAGGCCUGGCCUCACACCCUGGUCUUAAGUUUUCAGAAUCUCAGGUGAAAUGUUAUAUGCAGCAACUUUUAUGUGGACUUGAUCAUUGUCACAGUCGUGGUGUCCUGCAUCGUGACAUAAAAGGCUCCAACCUUCUAAUUGACAAUAAUGGCAUCUUAAAAAUUGCAGAUUUUGGUCUGGCAAGCUUUUAUGAUCCCCAUCAAAAUCAGCCAUUGACAAGCCGCGUUGUAACACUUUGGUAUCGACCACCAGAGCUUUUACUUGGAGCCACCUACUAUGGCACUGCCGUGGAUUUAUGGAGUACAGGUUGCAUACUUGCCGAGUUGUAUGCUGGCAAGCCUAUUAUGCCUGGAAGAACUGAGGUGGAGCAAUUGCAUAAAAUUUUCAAACUUUGUGGCUCACCUUCAGAGGAUUAUUGGAGAAAGUCAAAAUUGCCUCACGCAACUAUUUUUAAGCCUCAACAGCCUUAUAGACGCUGUGUUGCAGAAACAUUCAAGGAAUUCCCUGUUCCAGCUUUAGCGCUCAUGGAGACCCUACUUUCCAUUGAUCCAGCUGAUCGUGGCUCUGCAGCUUCUGCUCUUAAGAGUGAGUUCUUUACAACAAAACCUCUUCCUUGUGAUCCUUCAAGCUUGCCAAAGUACCCUCCCAGCAAAGAGUUUGAUGCAAAAAUAAGGGAUGAAGAAGCUAGAAGACAAGGAGUAGCAGGAAGCAAAGGCCAGAGACCUGACUUUGAUAGGAGAGGAGCUAGAGAAUCUCGAGCAAUCCCAGCACCUGAUGCCAAUGCUGAGCUAGUCUUGUCAAUGCAGAAGAGACAAGGUCAGUCAAAUUCCAAGAGCCGAAGUGAGAAAUUCAAUCCUCAUCCCGAAGAAGUAGCGUCUGGCUUUCCAAUAGAUCCACCCAGACCAUCCCAUGCAGUAGAAUCAAAUGCAGAACCACAGGGGAAUCAUUAUAAGAGAGCCUCACAUUCAGGGCCACUGGCUCAACGAGCUGCUUGGGCAAAAACUGGGAAAAACCUUGAUGAUCCGCCAAAAGUUUCAACUGGGCCUGACUUGUCUACUAUGUCUGGUAUAGUAGCAGCAAGGAGGAGUUUAUUAGCCGAAGAUCGCAGAGAAAGGUCUAGUUCUUCACAAUCAGAAGCUCCCAAACUUAUAGCAAGAUUUCCAGGAUCCUUCAAGGAGACCUCAGAAUCCUUGAGUCAGCCUGAUCAGAAACAUCCUCAGCAUAAAGAAGAUGGAAGACUUAGUAACAAAGACCCAGUUCUGCUUGGUUAUGGCUCAAAGGGUCACAAAAUUCACUAUUCAGGUCCUUUAAUAGUUCCAUCUGGCAACAUGGAUCAGAUGCUUAAAGAUCAUGAUCGCCAGAUCCAAGAAGCUGUUCGGCGAGCACGCCUUGACAAGGCAAAGAUGAGGAAAGCUCAGGUUGAAGGGAACCUAAUAUCAACCAAUUCAUUAUUUAUUUCUGGUCGUUGAUCUUAUCAAGGAAAACCCAAAUGAAGAGGAAGUAUCAUCUUACCAUCUAGAACAUCAAGGGAGGAAUAAAUUUUAUUCUGUUGUGAAAUAUGAUUUGAGUUGUCAGGGGGGGUUCUUUUUGUCUAGGUUGUUUGUAGGAUUCGCUGCUAGCGGUAUCUAGCUAAGCUGGUAUAGCUUUUGGGGAAAUCUUGUCCUAGCUCCCUCCAUUUUAUCACCAUGUAUUUCUUUCCACUUGGCAACUGUAAAAGAUUUGAGCCAUUCUUGUAGAGCUUAUUAUUAGCCAUAAGUUAAAUGCAGAAUUGACAUUGUCUUAUUAUGUGAUAGAGGCAGCAACAGCAGCAGCAUCUCCCCCAUUAUCCUGAUACUAGUGACUUCUGGAGACUAUGAUCUAGAAAAAAAAAAAAAAAAAACAUUUGAAAGUCAGAAAGUGAAAAAAGAUCAGAAGUUGGAUUUCUCUUGUACUAUAGACGAGAAGAAGUGUAUGGUGUAGAAAAUUCAGCUCUUGACUUCUUCUUUAGCUUGCUAUAAAAUGAUCUCCAGGAA